AUGUCAAAAUGCAACCAGUGCAAAAAAAUUUACGACCCUAUCCCCAAAGAUAAAGAAUGGGGAAUCGGCAAAUUUCUUUGCGAAUGUAAAAAUGAAUUCACGUAAGUAGCAAAUACCAAAAACCGCCAUUUCUCCUUAAUUGCACUUUUUAAAGUCAUUUCUUUGUUACAAGUUAAGUCUUCGAUGAAAAAAGUUUUAAAUAUAAGGACUUUUAUUUGUAUUCUUCAUAAUUAACAUCAUCUAAUUUUCACCCUCAAUAUGCCUUCAUUAUCUUCUACAAAUUCAGAUACUUUGACAACUUAGUAUGUUUUUGUUUUUUUUUCUAUCGAAAUUCUUUUUUGAGUCUGUUACGGUACUAAUUAAUUAUUCUUUGAUUAGUGAAUAACUUAUUGAUCUGGAAAUAUUCAUAUACGGGCAAAUAUAGAGAAGAACUCAAUUUUUAAUUUCAUCCUAUGCUAGCAUUGCUGAGACUUGUUUAUCUCCAGGGGUUUUGGUGAGAUGAAUGUCACAGAGAGCAAAUGUUACAAGUGUCAUGCUCUCGUGCCCAUACAUCAUAUGUUGCCACCCAGAAGAUAUCGUCCAAAGAAAACCGAAGCUUCACAUUCUUGUAAUGGUGUAAACUGCAUGUAA